GAGUCAAAGCGAGUAACGCUGCCGCUUUCCACGAGGCCGAGUCGCUCGAGAGUCAGUAGUUAAAACCCCAAACAAGGGUUUUCCCUCCUCUCUUGAGCCCUAAGACUCUCUCGUCCUUCAACGAUGAAGCUCGUCAGGUUUUUGAUGAAAUUGAACAAUGAGACGGUCUCCAUCGAGCUCAAGAACGGCACUGUCGUCCAUGGAACCAUAACAGGAGUGGAUAUUAGUAUGAACACGCAUCUGAAGACAGUUAAACUAACAGUCAAAGGUAAGAAUCCAGUGACCCUGGAUCACCUCAGCGUGCGUGGCAACAAUAUCCGAUAUUAUAUCCUUCCAGACAGCUUGAACCUGGAGACUUUGUUGGUCGAAGAGACGCCAAGAGUGAAGCCUAAGAAACCAACUGCAGGGAGGCCUGUGGGACGUGGUCGUGGCCGUGGACGAGGACGUGGACGUGGCCGUGGGCGCUAAUUCGCAGAUGCUGCUAUUUUGCCAAUUUUUGUGCUUUCAGAUUUCUGUUGCUUCUACCUCUCUACAAAGGAUUUCAAACCUGCUUUGGGAUGGAUUAGCUUGGUUUCUGCCAUGGCAGAGGGAAUCCCUGUUUGCUAGGAGAUGGACAAUGCGGACAUCUGUAGACCAAAACAUCUGGUUUAGUACCUUAUAGAGAUUGUGGAUUGUAUGUUUACAGGCAGGAAUUCGUUUCAAACAAUGACGUUGAAUGCAUACUUCCAUCUAACUUAAAUUUUCA